AUGCCUCGUCUUCGCGUACUCGCCGGGCCCUCUCUCGAUGACCUGACUCCGAUUGCAACCAACUCCGGCAAGCCUCUCGACAUCAAAAGCGACGCGUUUGAGGGCAACCUCGCGGUAUAUAUCAAAGGCUUUGCGGAUGCGAGUGGACGCGUGGGGGACAGCCCGUAUUUUGAGAAGCGCAAGGGUGUUACGUGGAGUAUCCAAAUGCAAGGUCGCUUCCUGCACGAGUAUUCUGCGGACGACAUCCUCUUUGGCAAUGUGUUUGAGCGACCGCUGAAACUCCCGUGGGGAUUCAGCGCUGCCCUCAAAUUCAUGCACUACAUGGACCCGACGCUCGAGCAGGACCUCGCGUCAAAGUCGAAGCCGUGGGCCCUCUCACCCCUUAUCACAACAAUGCCAUAUCUGGAGCACAAACAAGUGACGAGCGCAGAACAGGAGCCCGCGUUCCCGCCGGAGGGGCUCGUCGAGAACAACAUCUCUCAGCUUACCGUGCCGACCGCGCACAAGGCAUGCGACAUCUCGCACAACCGUAGCUCGGUCUUUCGGGAUUCUCAGUGUAGGAAGGACGUUGUAUUCGGGCCGGAGGACCUCUUCACGGCAGAUUUCUGCUACGACUACCUGCAUUUCAGCCCUGAGGGUAUUGAUUUGCGGCUGCCUGGCGGCAUAUCGAUAGAUAUGAUGCGAUACUGGGACGGCCAGCCAGUGCGCUUUGUGUGCUGCGAGCGUACACGCACUGGCAAGGGCGGGCAGCCCUGGGGGCGAGUGUUGUGGUGCGUCAUCAUAGAGGCGGUGGACGAAGUGGGCGGCGAGAAGACAGAACAGGACAUUGAUUGA